AUGUCUUUAACUCUUUUAAGUCUAAACAAACAAUUGUUCUCGAGAACAUUGAGCCGUUAUGGUCCAAUGUUGUUGCAAACAGCUGCUUCCAGUGACACUGUUACUCCACAAACAGCUGCUUAUCGUUUAAAAUCCAAAGAAUGGGUUGAAACGAAUGAAAAAAAACUAAAUCGACCAUUAUCACCACAUAUACAAAUAUAUCGAUUCCCAUUGCAAGUGUAUACAUCAGGAUUUCAUCGAUUUACGGGUCUUAUUUUAAAUGGAAAAAUCUUAAGUUAUAUAUAUGCAAUGAACAUUCCUAGUUGGGCAAUAUUUUCAAUUAAACUUAUGAUUGCAUGGCCAGUUACGUAUCAUACCGUAAACGGUAUUCGUCAUCUGGCGUGGGAUACCGGUAGAGGUUUUGAAAAAUAUGAAACAAUUACUGCUGUUGUUAUUGGUACUUCGAUACUCGCCGCCAUUGGUCUUGCUUUACUAUAG